AUGGAAGAAACAAAUGACGAGUGUCGAGACGAGGUUACUUCGUUAGAAAACCCCACCGCCACAACAGAAACAAGUUUGGAAUCAACAGCAGUUGAAACGAUUGACGAACUUCCUCAGAACUUAAAGUCUGAAUCAUCUUUUGCAGGUUCAAAGAUCGUAGAAUUAGAAAAAAAGAUUGAAGAACUUAUUCAGGAACUGGAAAAUGUUCAGAAAAAAUCAAGUGAUGUACAUUCUGAACUAGAAAAAAGGGUUGAAGAGCUCCUUAAAGAAAGAGAUGUUCUAAUUUCUGGAAAAGAGAGUCUUACACAAGAUUUGGAAAUUGCUCAAAAAAAGUCAAAUGAGAUCCGUUCCGAAUUGGAUGAUGAGAAAGAAGCAGUUCGAGAAAUGAAAGAGAAGUUGGCUGCUACUGAAAAAAAAUAUGAAGUGCUCGAAUCAGAUAAUGCACUACUUCAUUCUGCCAAAACCCAAGCUCUUGAAAAAUUAUCUGAUGUAGAAUCAAGGUUGAAAUCUGCGACACAACGUGAACGUGAUCUUCAGGAAUCAUUAAAUGAGGCUAAAUCAAAAUAUGAUUCAGAAAUUGAGAGCCUAAAAAAGCAACAGCUCGAAGAAGAAGACAAACGUAAUAAAUCGAUUGCUUUACUAAAAAAGGCUCAAUCAAAAAUUCAGGCUCUAGAGAAAGAUAAAAAGGAUAUGAAUGAAGAAAUAGAACGACUCAAGGAUUCUCUUCGAGUUUCGGAGCAAAAUGCAACCGCAAAUUUGAAACAAAAAUCCGCACAAAUUGAAAAAUUGACAACAGAAAAAGAAGGGUUGUUUGAUCAAUUACAAAUUAAACAAGCAGAAUUCGACUCCUCACAAUCAUUGCUUGAAACACUACAACAUGGUACCAAGGAAAAGGAACGUCAGCUAAAAGAGACUGAAGAACGUUCACAAGCAUUAGAAGAAGAAGUGACAUCAUUAAAGAAACGUCUUAAGGAAAUGAAACGGGAGAAUGAAACUUUAAAGAAUAAAGCAGAAGAUUUAAAUGGAAUCACAGAGAAAUUAGAAGUUAUGAAAAAGCAAUCUGAAAAUUAUAAGCAAGAAAAAGAAAAAGUAGAAUUAGAAUUAAUAGAAAUUAAACGUACUUCCGAUGUUCAAAUACAAGAUAUGGUUAAACAAUUGACUGAAAAAGAACAAGAGAAAAGUAGGCUGAUGACUGAAUAUCAAGAAAAAGAUGAACUUUUGAAAUUAGCUCAAGAUGAAAACGAUUCUCUGAAGAAGCUAGUGCAAGAAUUAGACGAAAAUAUGCGCGUACUUAGCACAAAAAUGGCUAAUGCUGAUGAAAAAUCC